AUGAGGUGCUUGCCCCAGCUGUUGGGAAUAAUACCUGCAAGGCCAGCUUCUGGGACCCCUACUACGGUGGUGGGGUUUGUUGUAGGCACACAACACUCACUGACACUGCAGCUCAACAGCACCUCUGCAAACUUGGAGCAAUGCAAUGUUAACUUCCACUUUGGGGAGCAGGGGAACUAUUCUCUGUGGGUGAAGAACCUGAAUGAGCCGUCACUGGUCAGCUGCUCGAUGAUCACUGAUUCUGAGCCCAUUAACAGCUACCUGCCUAUUUUGUUUGCUUUUCUGGUAUUUGCUUUUCUGGCUGCAUUAUCUGCUGUCUGGAACACGAUUAAAAGACUGGAUGUGGUGACAAAUCUACUUCUUCGCUUGGGGAGCACAGUGGAGACAGAGAGGCUGAUAAACUCGGAGCUUGGCACUCCAAACAGAUUGGUAGAUGCCUCUAUGGAAUCGAUAAUUCCUGCCACUACAGGACGGAGGCUUCGUUCUUUGGAUACUUUCCGUGGUCUUGCCCUGGUCGUUAUGGUGUUUGUCAACUACGGGGGUGGACGUUACUGGUUCUUUAGGCAUGAAAGUUGGAAUGGGCUCACAGUGGCUGAUCUCGUGUUUCCUUGGUUUGUGUUUAUUAUGGGUACUUCUAUUGGUUUGUCCCUGAGCGGUUCAUUGCGCAGAGGUGUCAAACGCACUCAUCUGCUGUGGAAGAUUUUCUGGAGGAGCUUACAACUAUUUCUUAUCGGAGUCAUCAUCGUCAAUCCUAACUACUGCCAAGGACCCUUGUCUUGGGAUUCUCUGCGUAUACCUGGGGUAUUACAGCGUCUGGGCUUCACAUAUCUCAUUGUCGCUCUCUUGGAUCUUGUGGUGGCACAGGACCGACUUACCAACUUGUCAAGUGAAACAUGCUGGUAUUCGGUGCAUGAUGUCUGCCUCUACUGGCCCCCAUGGCUGUUUGUGAUUGCCUUUGAGACAAUUUGGUUGUGUUUGACCUUCCUUCUCCCAGUCCCAGACUGCCCAAUUGGUUAUUUGGGUCCAGGGGGCAUUGGUGACUUUGGCCAGUACCAAAACUGCACUGGUGGAGCUGCAGGUUACAUUGAUCGCUGGCUGCUGGGAAAUAACCAUAUUUACCAGACGCCUUCAUCACGGGUUGUAUACCAGUCUGUGAUGCCCUUUGACCCUGAGGGUGUUUUGGGAAGCAUCAACUCUGUAUUGAUGGCAUUUUUGGGUCUUCAGGCAGGGAAAAUUCUGCUGCAUUACAGAGACCAACACAGGCAAAUAAUCACACGAUUUCUCAUUUGGGGAUUCAUACUGUAUGUGGUACCUGAAAUAUGA